GUUACAAGUAUGAGCAACUUUGGGUACCACAAACAGCUUGACAAGUAUGAGGACAUCGAUGAAGAUGAACUUUUGGCCUCCCUGACUAAUGAAGAAAUCCAGGAGCUGGAGAAGGUUAUGGCUGAAAUUGAACCUGACACAAACAUACCCACUGGGCUAAGACAAGAGGACCAGACGGCCAAGCAGCCAACAGGCACUUUUAGCCGAGAGGCUCUGCUGAAGUACUGGGAGGAUGAGACUCACAGAUUGAUAGAGGACAGCAUGGAUGAGUGCCAGACAGAUAAGAAAGAAGAGGAAUGUGGCAGUGAAGAGCCUGAGGAUAAUGAAGAGGAGGGAGAACUCUGGGGGCUGGGAACAGGGGGUGAUGGCGAGAAAGAAGCUAGGUCGAGCAAUUGGAAUUUUGCGGACUUGUCCCGAUUAGAUUGCAAGAGUAUUGGCAACAGCAGUCAAAAACCUAAAGGCAUCCCAAAAGGUGCUCAUCAUCACCAUCACGCUACACCAGAGAGGCCAAGUGGUAACCCAACUGAUAUCGUUAAGACAUUGGAAAACAUCUUGAGUAACGACACCGCCUUGAGUGAAGUCAACCUAAACAACAUUGAGAACAUAUCCCAAGAGGUUUUGGUGAGCUUUGCUGAUGCCUUAACUGCCAACACUCACGUUGAAGCUUUCAGCCUUGCCAACACCCAUGCGGAUGAUCAAGUAGCUUUUGCCUUGGCCAAAAUGCUGAAGAAGAACUGCAGCAUCACCAACCUUAACGUUGAAUCUAACUUCAUUUCAGGCAAAGGUAUUCUGGCUUUGAUUGGUUCACUUCAGUACAAUACAACACUAGUGGAGCUCAGAUUCCAAAACCAGCGGCACAUCUGUGGAGGGCAAGUGGAGAUGGAAAUGGUGAAAUUGCUAAGAGACAACACCACCCUGUUGAAACUGGGAUAUCACUUUGACUUACCUGGUCCAAGGAUGAACGCAACAGGUAUUUUAACCCGCAACCAGGACCGCCAGAGGCAAAUGCGGCUCCAACAAAGGAGGGAAGAAAACAACCUAGAAAAAAGUGAGGAGGAAUCAAAGACAUGGGACAAAGUGAACAAUACACAAUCCCUUCAGUUUCAGAAUUCAAGAGAUGAAGAUGCUAUACAAGCGAAGCAGCCCUUGGUCUCUUCUAAUACACCAAAACAACCUCACAGUCAACCAAACAUUGUGAACUAUGUUCCAACCAGAAAAAUUGCUGAAAUGGUCAAGCAGCAAGAAGAAACAGCAAUAGAAAGUUUUGAGACUAAUGCAAAUAAAAACGACAAACUCACAAGGGACAAAGACAUCAAGAACAUUUUUCAAAAUGAAAAACCAGUACCUUUGAGAAGAGAAGAUGAAAGGAGGAGUCUGGGAGGCCCCCAGGGGUCAACACGUGAUGAUCUACUGGCAGCUAUUCGUAGAAGCAGCAUUGGUACACUACGAAGGGUCAGCAAUAAUCAUCACUCCUGAUGUAUAAAAUGGCUCAUUUAUACUGAAACUGCAAUUACAAAACGAAAACGUUUGUUUCUAUAUCUGGCAUCGAACCUGAAUGACUUUACGCAGUUUUGUAUACCUCUUCCCACCAACAAAACAGUUUGCUCAAUGAGUAGUUUCAACAACUGCCAUAUUUCAGAUUCCAUAGUAUCUUUCAUGCAACCUGUUGAAGAUGAUCCCGUUUGAUCCAGAAAUUUUAGCCAUCAGACGUACAGGUAUGCAAGCAGUAUUUACACAAGUCGGAAAAAUAAAAUAUACAUGCAUCGCAAAAACAUAGGUUACAAAAAAAGAAAAGCACCAUAUCUCAGGUUUGUAAAUAUUACCAUUUAUUUAAGUAUAGAAUUUAGUGUUUUCAUUCCACAUUCCAACCCUCUUGUAAGAUUUGAUGUCAAUUAUACAAUUUUUUUCAGCACUAUCCUUACAUGACAAGGACAGCAAAUUCAGUUCAGACAGACAAUACUGUUAAACCAGCAUUAAUUGUACACAAAGGUUUGUUGUUGUUGUUUUUUUUCCAUUACCUUAAAUGUAGUUGUCAGUCAAGCAUUGACCUGUAAAAGCGUCUAACAAAUGGAAGUUAAUUUUUUUUU